GGGGCCCGAGGAUGACUUGGCGAGGAGGUGGCAGAGGUGGAGGGGGACCAGCAGGCUGCAGCCAGCGGCCCAGGUCCUAAAGGAGCGCAUCGACGCGCUGGUGCAGGCCGGUCGGGAAUCGAGGCUGGAGGAUGAGCGCGCCGAGGGCGCGGAGCAGGCACUGCGGAUGCUGCACCAGCACUGGCGCGAGGGGAACGACGUCCACGACGAGGACCGUUGGAGGCAUCCCGCCCUGCAUCGGUCGCGCGGCGGCCAGCGCCCAUACCCCGGCCUCUCGAACCUGUGCAACACCUGCUACCUCAACGCGCCCUUGCAGUGCCUCCCCCACUGCCCCGCCGCGCGCGCCGCGCUCCUGGGGGCGGAGGGCCAGGGCGAGCCGCUGAUUCUGCAGGAGCUGCGCGCCCUGGCGACCGCCUGCGUGCGCGGGGCGCCGCCGAGCCUGGCGGAGGGCGACGGCGGCGCCGCGCCAGCGCCGGCCCGCGUGGACCGCUGGUCCCCGCACGCCUUCGUGGACGCGUUCCUCGCGAAGCACUGGGUGGACUUCAAGCUGGGGAGGUACGCGGACGCGAGUGAGGCGCUGUCGUUCAUCCUGGAAGACGCGCCUGGUCUCGCCAGCCUCUUCCAGACCGGAUGCGACGAGGAAGCCAUGAUGAGGCUCCCGGCAUUCGUGGACGGGGCAGACGACGGCGACGACGCCCUGUCGCCGCAGGACUUCUUCCUCGACGGGGGCGCGCAGCGACUGGACGUGCGAGAGCUGCUCCGCCGCGGCGCCUCCAUGGGCGGGCGACUGCGAUCGAAGCCCGAGUUGCUGGCGGUCCACGUGCCCCAGAGGUGGGAGCGGGGCGACGGCGCGGCGCUCUUCCUCGGCGGCUGCGACAUCGCGCCCUACUGGGGUGACCUCCCGGAGGUGGCUCUGAGGGCGGGGGGGGAAGACGUCGCGUACCGCCUGCGCGCCUACGUGCAGUACAUCCUGCCCGAGGGAUCGGAAGCCGUCCCAUCCCACUUCCUGAAUGACCCCCAGGGCCACUUCGUGGCUCACGUCGAGGACGGGAGCUGGUACACUGCAGACGACCUGGGCGAUCGGCCGCACGUGGUCCAGUGGGCGCCUGGCACCGAGCACAAGAUACCUUGCAUGAUCUUCCUUGAGAAGGUGGACUCCAGGGCGGCCCGCGCCGAGGCGCGCCCGUGGCCGCCCGGGCCGGUCGUCGACGGCGCGGAGGGCGCGGGCGGCGACGGCGACGGCGACGCGGACGGCGAGGACAGCCCCGGCCUCGACGGGAAGUGCGACGAGGAGGAGGACGGGGCCGGCGACGCUGGCGUGCCGGGCGCGCGGAAGCGGCCGGCGGCGUCCACGAGGAGCGGCGCCCCUGCCAAGAAGCGGCUCCGCCUCCGAGGGAAACAGAGCGCUGCUGGACGGCAGCAGAGCCGCGCUGGGAGGCAGCAGAGCCGCGCUGGGAGGCAGCAGCAGCAGAGCCGCGCCGGGAGCCAGCAGAGCCGCGCUGGGAGGCGGCAGCAGCAGAGCCGCGCUGGGAGGCAGCAGGCCAGGGAGGAUCAGAAGCGCGGUUGCAAGCCGGAGGAGGUACUGCGACAGGGGCGGAAGCCGAAGAGCAAGUGCGACAACGCCGACGGAUCCAGACAGGACUCCCAGAACAACGCCGCCGCCCCUGUCCUCCGCAGCAGCAGGGAGGCGAAGAGCUUGCAGACCGCCAGCGAGGAGCGCCGGUUGUGUGGGGAUCUCUUCCUGCUCCUGCACUUGCUGGAGCCGCUGGUCGCUGCCGAUGACCUGCUGAAGCAUUACCCUGACUUCUUCGUCUACGCGGGCGACGACUGCACCCGCCGAUGGGCGACGUUCCUGCAGGCACCCGAUCGACCCGACAAGUUGGCCGGGACGCCGGAGAGCGGGGAGUGGCACGUGCACCACGUCGCGGAGCUCCUGGACGAGCGCCUGGGCUCCGCCCACGGCGCCCCCUCCGUGGCGGCCGCGGCCCGCUUGGCGGCGAGCGACGCGUCGGCCGCGCUGGGCGACGGCAACCCGCUGAGGGCGCACCUCGCGGAGGCGUGGCAGCGCAGGGAGGCGUUCAAGGCGCGCCAGGGCAGAGUCCACGGGGGGCAGCGGUGGUACCAGUCGCAGUAUGUGGCGCGGUGCGAGCUGGGGCCCUACCAGCCGUCGCCGACCGAGGAGCGCCAGGUGGUUGCCAGGUUCCACAUUUCCCAGUGCUGCGCCACCGUCGACCCCGUGGACGAGCCGUUCGUCCCGAAGCCUGAACCGGAGGUGCAGAAGCAGCUGCUCCACGCGGAGAUCAUCGGCAGUAUCGUCGGCAAGAUCGGGCAGGGGGGGCCCGCGGAGGAGAUCUCCCGGCAGGCGGCCGGCGCGGCGGAGUCGGCAGCCCGCGCUCAGGCGGCGUGUCAGGCGAGGGGGCCCCGCGCUUUCCAGGCCUGCGUCUGCUGCGCCAUGCAGCAGUGGUCCGAGAACCUCCACUCGGAGUACCUCGUCGGCGACAAGUGCACCAUAAAGGACCGGGCCCAGUUCGCGGACUGCCUGUCGGCCGAGUGGCAUCACCAACGAUGUCCCCUCAUACCGCGCGACGAGCUGAUGUCGUCGGCCGUGGACUUCCCCCACAACGACUGCGAGGGCUCGCCGACGUCCACGAAGAUACUCAUGCACAAGAGGCGCGUGCCGCCCGAGGCGCUCGAAGGGAAGGUGCCGGUGAAAGUGUGCGAGGAUUGCCGGAGAGACCUGUGGUCUGAUCACCCCAAGGUGCCGCUCAUGGCGCUGUUGAACGACCUCUGGCUGGGCCGCCACCACCCCCUGCUCAGGAAGGCCGCUCUCGCACACCAGAUGCUGCUUGCGCUCGGCCGCGUCGUGUCCACGAAGAUCUACCUGUCCAGCAAGGGCGCCGACAAGGCCGUCCGGCAGGAGCAGCAGUCGUGGAGGCAGAAGUUCUUGCAGUACGCCAUGCAGGGCACCGCCAUCGUGUUCGGGAACGGGAACGUGGACCACGCGAUACGGAGCUUCCCGCCGGAGCCCGACAUGCUCAGGGACACGUUCGUGGCCGUCUUCGCGGGCGCCGACGACGACGAGGAGGGCGCCCCCCUGACCGAGGAGCAGAAGCAGGAGAGGGCCUUGAGAGCCAUGAGGGAGGAGGUGGCGCUGCACGUCGACAAGGCGGAGUACGACGCCCAGGCGCGGUUGUUGAAGCAGCACAACUACGUGUACAAUGACCCGGGCGUGCAGUACCGAUCGGACCUCGUGGACCGGUUCCCCCCGCAGCCGGGCGUGCCCGACUUCAUGCUGGCCUGCGCGAAGUAUGUCCCCGCGGACGCGGCGCUGGACGACGUCGCGCAGGCGCAGGGUCCCGCGUCGGCCACCACCGGUGCGCAGGCAGAGAUGAGCGCGGCCGCCGAGGACGCGCAGGAGCUGACCAAGUGGCUGUCCGUCCUCGAGGACCACAUGGACGACGUCAGCGAGCUCACGCCCCUGCCGGCGCUCCAGGGCAUGCUCGAGAGGAUGGAGAGUCAGGCGGGUCGCGUGGUGGCCAACGAGCUGAUGUCCAGACUCGAGGACCAGGGAGGCGAUGAUAGGGCGCUGCAGCUGGACGAGAUCGGGCGUUGCCGCCUGCGGGACCUCUGCCAAGAGUUCCACGCGCGCUGUCGGAAGAUCUCCCCGGGGGAGGACAUGGCGAAGCUGCACUGGCGCGUCCAGGCGCUGGAGACCAACAACUGUCAGGCGGAGGAGGGCGCGGGCGACUUGUCGCGAUCUGCAGGAGUCGCGGGGACUCCCGCCGAGGACGAUCCGCGCUCCUUGCAGGGACCGCCCGGCCCAGACGGCCAGCGGAAGGCGAGGCUUCGGGUGCCCACUUCGAGGAAGGCGGAGAGCUGGUGGAAUCCGAAGUACUGGUCGAUUGCCAGGCCCACGGACUUCUGCUACGGGGACUGCGCCUGGGGCCUCGGCCAGCCCCCCCCGGACGGAGAUGAGGACCCGCAGAGGCAGAAGGAGGCUCGGCUCUGCUUCAGCGCGGCGCACUUCAUCAAGAAUCUUCUCACGCGGGAGGAGAUGGAGUACGAUGUGCCUUCGGACGAGGAGAAGUACGUGGCCAGGCCCAUCAGUCGUUUCCGGAGCUGCUGGUACGACGUGCACCUACUGUGCUCCUUCUGGAGAGUCACGGAGACGACCAACAGCACCUACACCUUCAUGAAGACGCCCGGGGCGUUCGGGGCCGCUCGCGCCUGCGCGGGCAUCACGCCGGAGAUGAUCGAGGAGGUGCAGCUCAGGGCGCAGCAGACGGGCGGGAAGGCCACGCUGCACGGCAUCCUCAAGGACAAGGACACCCCGAACGAGGUGCGCAAGGCCUUCGCCACCCUGGGCCAGGCCACUGCCGGCCAAGUCGGGUCCGACGGACACAGGCGGGAGCUGCGCGGAGAGGGCGAGGCGCAUGCCCUGCGCUUCGGCCCGCCCGUCCAGUUCGUCACCCCGAAUCUGGCAGACACCAAGCAGCCCCUGACCCUGAUCGUGCAGGGGGAGGAGUACACCUUCGACAACGACCUGACCGAGGCGGAGCAAGUCACGUUCAGCGAGAUGUCGCAGCGCAUCACCGCGGACCCCGAGGGCCAGGCCGUGGUGUUCGAGCUGAUGAUGAGGCUGUUCUUCGUCCACGUCCUCGGCCUGCGCCCGGAGACCGUCGGGUGGCGGCGAGGAGAAGUCCGAAAGGCUUCGGAGCACUGGAUAUCCGACGGCGUGGCGGCCGACCUCAUGGGCGUGCCCACGGUGUUCGGCCCCCUCGCGGCGGCCUUCGGCCCGGUCGAGGCUCAGGGCCGCGGCUCGCUGCGCCCUCACAUCCUCAUCUGGCUGCUGCAGGGUCAGCUGCGCGUGCUCUUGGACAUGCUGCAGCGCGACGAGGCGCGCUUCCAGGAGCGCUUGAACCUGUGGAUGCGGCAGGUGGUGCAGGCCGUGGUCGCCACUCAGCAGAGCGCCGUGGAGCUGCUGCCCCUGCAGCUGCAGGGGGGCGAGAACAAGUGCGGGGUCACGGUGCCGCCGCUGCCGUUCGGGCCCAACGAGAAGCGGUACUUCCGGGCCGACGGGGGCGCGGAGAUGGUAGACGACUACCACAGGGCGAUUCGCCCCGAUCUGCCGCUGCGCAACAACGGCGGCGAGAUCGUGGACGACGUUGCGGCGUGGACAGAGCAGAGGGCCGCGGAGAACAAGGGGUACUGGCGGCGGCCGCUCUCCAGCAGCGCCUCCGGCAUCUUCCCGAGGAGUGGAUUCGCGAUGUGCCGCGACGUGCGCGAGCUCGUCAUCGGCUGCGGCAUCCACGUCUGCAGCCCCUCAUGCUACAAGUACCAUUCCGACAGGACGCGCGGCUCGCAGAUCUGCCGCCACAACUUCUACAACCUGGUGAAAUUGUGCACGUGGACCGAGGGUGAGGACUCCCGAGAGUGCCGACUCCGCACGCGCGGGAAGGCGCUGCGCGGCUGCAUCGGCAUAUUCCGGGAGACGGACUACGGCAUGGCCGGACGCAUCGUCACCUUCCAGCUCCACCCCGGGGAGACCUCCACGAAGUACGCGGCACUCGUCGCGGCGCGGUGCAACGUGGACGUGCAGGACAUGAGACGGGUGCUGCCCCCGCGCCUGUGGAUGGAUGCGUCGGAGCUGGAACCGCCGGCGAACGAGGAGGACCGCAAGAGCUACAACCAUGGCCUCUACCCUCAGCGCUACGCCGACUUCUCGGUGGGCGCCCGGGAGGACUGGGGAUGGUUCCAGCAUCUGAACACCACGCCCGCGGAGAAGUGGGACCUCGUCGUACUCACCGACUUGCACGGGAUCUACAGGACACUCGCGAACCGCGACAGCCCCGCCGUGGACAGUGGCGACGCUGCGCGCGCCGAUCUCCAGCGCGACCUGGAGCGGCACGCGCUGGCCACCUUCGUGGACGCCCACAACACGAGCUACUACGUCAACUCGUACACCACGAAGGUGAAACCCAGCAUGGACGACGUGCUUUGCAAGCUCCUUGACGGCGUGCGCCGCCUGAAGAGCCAGUGGGACGACAAGGAGGCGCAGGCCGCGGGCGACGCCGGCGACGAGGCCCAGUCGACAGCCGCAGGAAAGCGCAAGGAGGAUUUCAAGCGCACGCUGCAGGUGCUGGCCCGCUUCGAGACCUGCUUCCGCAGGGCCUCCUGGAAGAGCGGCAGCGAGAUGGUCUUCCCCAUGCUCUUCGGGCACCUCUCCUUCAUGUCGCACCGUUGCUGGAAGGUGUUCAUGCGGAAAUCCAUCUACCUCGCCGCGGAGACCUGGCGCAGGCGGCACGGCCAGGCCGACACCGCGGAAAGCGCACCCGCCGCCUCGAUCACGUACGCGGUCCCCGGCACUGGACAGCAGGUCGCGAUGCCAGGGUGGCGCGAGGUGCAGCGCGAGGGCGAGACGGUGUACGUCAGCCCCGACGGCGAGGAGUUCGACACGAUCGAGUACGCGCACCAGGCGUUCCAGAUCGCGAGCGCCAGCGGCAGCUCGCUGCGCGACGUGACGAAGGCGCUGAACAAGUUGCGGGAAGGCGAGGCCGAAGAGGUGCCCGAGGCACCGGGGCCGACUGUCGAGGGCCUCGCGCAGGGCAAGUUCAGGGGCGCAGUGCUGAGCCAGCACGACGACUGGAUGCACCGCGGAGACCACCCUAUUGUCCGAGACAUGAACUUGUACGUCUACAGCAUCUGGGUGUACCGCGUGGAACUGCCGCUGCAUGCCCUUCCGGCCGGGGAGCUGGAUCCCGAGGGCAGCGGGGGUCGCACCCUGCACGUCGACAUCGCCUUCGACUCCUCCUACUCGGCGGCGCGGAACUGGACGCAGAGGCUGGCCGUCGAGCCGCGCAUCCCGAAGGCCGAAGGCUUCCAGUUCGUGAGCGCGGAGUCGAACGUGGAGACGCACUACCUCAUGAAGUCGGUGCUGCUCCGGCCAGUGCGCCUGCCGGACGCCGACGGCCCCAACGACACGAAGGAGCUGCGCUACCUCCGCGCGUACGAGCACCUGUGCGCGGCGCCGGAGGGCGAGCCGGAGUGGCCGGCGCAGCCG